GUCCUCCACAGGCCUGGGGAAGAAGUCCCGGCUGAUGAAGACGGUGCAGACCAUGAAAGGCCAUGGGAACUACCAGAACUGCCCGGUCCUGAGGCCGCACGCCCCGCACUCCAGCUACGGCACCUACGUCACCCUGGCCCCCAAGGUGCUGGUGUUCCCCGUCUUUGUUCAGCCACUGGAUCUCUGCAACCCUGCCCGGACCCUCCUGCUCUCAGAGGAGCUGCUGCUGUACGAGGGGAGGAACAAGGCUGCCCAGGUAACCCUGUUUGCCUACUCGGACCUGCUGCUCUUCACGAAGGAGGACGAGCCUGGCCGCUGCAAUGUCCUGAGGAACCCCCUGUACCUCCAGAGCGUGAAGCUGCAGGAAGGCUCUUCCGAGGACCUGAAAUUCUGUGUGCUGUACCUGGCAGAGAAGGCAGAGUGCUUAUUCACUUUGGAGGCACACUCACAGGAGCAGAAGAAGAGAGUGUGCUGGUGCCUGGCGGAGAACAUCGCCAAGCAGCAACAGCUGGCAACCUCGCCCCUGCAGAGCAAGAUGUUUGAGACCGAGGCAGAUAAGAGGGAGAUGCCCUCAGCUGAAGGGAAGGGGCCGGCUGCCGAGGCCCCCCCACCCAGCACGGACCCCUCUUCUGGCCAGGAGCCUCCUCCAGGGCCAGAGCCACCCCUCAGCCAGGACCCGCCCAGCAGAGAUGCACCCACCUGCGCAGAACCCACUCCGGGGCAAGAAGCCCCACUGAGCAAGGACGCCACGCCAUGCCAGGAACCGCCUCCGGCCCAGGACCCCCCACCCCGCGGUGACCUAUCUGCUGGCCAAGAGCCCCCUCCCAGCCAGGACACUCCACUCAGCAAAGACAUCCCUGCCAUCCGAGACCCCCUGCCCUGUCAAGGCCUGCCUCCCAGCCCUCCUCCGCUGGCUGAGACCGCGAGCACAGGGGACCCCCCAGCGGCCCCCGGGGCCCCGCCUGCCGCCUCCAGGCCCGCCUUUGUGAUCCCCGAGGUCCGGUUGGACAGUGCCUACAGCCACAGGGCAGGGGCCGAGGGGGGCAGCUCAGGAGAGGAGGAGGAGGAUGCAGAAGAGGCAGAGGAGGGCGAGGAAGGGGAGGAAGAUGAGGAGGAGGACACGAGCGAUGACAACUACACGGAGCGCAGCGAGGCCAAGCGCAGCAGCAUGAUCGAGACAGGCCCGGGGGCCGAGGGCGGCCUCUCGCUGCGGGUGCAGAACUCACUGCGGCGCCGGACGCACAGCGAGGGCAGCCUGCUGCAGGAGGCCCGCGGGCCCUGCUUCUCCUCGGACACCACCUUGCACUGCUCGGACGGCGAAGGCGCCGCGUCCUCCUGGGCCAUCCCUUCACCCCGCACCCUCAAGAAGGAGCUGGGCCGCAAUGGGGGCUCCAUGCACCAUCUGUCCCUCUUCUUCACAGGGCACAGGAAGAUGAGUGGGGAUGAUGACGAAGCCUCCCGGAAGAGAAAGAGCAAAAACCUAGCCAAGGACAUGAAGACCAAGCUGGGCAUCUUCAGGAGGCGGAACGAGUCCCCUGGGGCCCAGCCGGCGGGCAAGGCAGACAAAAUGAUGAAGUCAUUCAAGCCCACCUCGGAGGAAGCCCUCAAGUGGAGCGAGUCCUUGGAGAAGCUGCUGCUGCAUAAGUAUGGCUUAGCCGUGUUCCAGGCCUUCCUCCGCACGGAGUUUAGCGAGGAGAACCUGGAGUUCUGGCUGGCUUGUGAGGACUUCAAGAAGGUCAAGUCGCAGUCCAAGAUGGCAGCCAAAGCCAAGAAGAUCUUUGCCGAAUACAUCGCGAUCCAGGCGUGCAAGGAGGUCAACCUGGACUCGUACACGCGGGAGCACACCAAGGACAACCUGCAGAGCGUCACGCGUGGCUGCUUCGACCUGGCCCAGAAGCGUAUCUUUGGGCUCAUGGAAAAGGACUCGUACCCCCGCUUCCUCCGCUCCGACCUCUACCUGGACCUCAUUCAGCAGAAGAAGAUGAGUCCCCCGCUUUAGGAGCCGCUGGAGUGGAGCUCACCUUCAGAGCAGGCAGUCUGGGCCCCCCGCCCACCUGCCUUCCUCCCCACUGCGACAGAGGGGGCAGGCAAGCCCCCAGAGGACAGACGGACGGACACUGGGAUGCGAGGCCAGGUCCAAGGAGACCCAGGCCGCUGGAAGAGUAGAAGGGCUGGGUCCCCGCUGGGUCCCCACUGUCCCGGUACGAGGGGGCCCAGGGCCCUGGCAGGGCGGGGGCCCCGGCGGAGCCAGAUCUGGAGCUGCCGCUCCCGGCCGCAGACUUCGGAGACUUCGCGUUGACCAAGUUCCUUAGAGAGCUGGCUGAAGGGGCAGGAGGCCUGGGCCUGGGCUCGGGGCCCCGCUGGGGGCUGUGGGGCUCGGCAGUGCGGCCCCCCGCCUUGAGUUCUAUUUAUUGAAACAGCAGCUGGACGCUUGGCCGUCAUGCCGCGCUAGGAAGCCCUUGCCGCGUCAGUUUCCCUCAUUUCCAAGUGCAAUAUUUUAACCAGCGCCUUGUGAAAAGCCACCUGCCAGACGAGGGGCCGCCAUUCUCCAGGUUCAGGGCGUUUGCUGGUCUCAGGCACCAGGGGUGGCAGCAGGGCCUUCUGGACUGAUGGGGCCUGGAGGGCACCGCGGGCUGACCUCACAGACACCUGGCACGGGUGGGGUGUCGCUUGGCGGCUCUGGGCAAGCAUGGCACCCUCAGACUACACAGUAGCCAAGUUCUGGAACAAAUAAAAGGCCUGU